AUGACCCCAAACGCUCAAUUGGAGCCUCGCGAUAGCGACCGUGGAACCAGCGGGGAACAUGCGCCCACUGUAGACGAGACCUCGCGGCUUCUGCCUCCAGCCGCGCAGGAUGCCGGCGCAGCAGCCGUUCCCGCCCCGAGCAGGGCCUUUCAGCUCCGCGUCCAGCUCAUGUGCGCCGUCUUCCUCUUCAUCAUCGACGUCAGUGUGUUCAUCAUCGACCCCCCUACCCAGCAGAUCCUGGAGGACAUCAUCUGCCGUGACCGAUAUGGCGGUAACCCGUCGGUGUUGCUCGCCAAGGGCCCCGGCUCUCCCUGCAAGUCUCCCGACGUGCAGUCCAAGCUGGCCAUGUUCACAUCCAUCCAGGCCCUCUUUGGGACCCUUUGCCCUCUGCUCGUCCAGGUUCCCUAUGGCCUCCUCGCAGAUCACUCCGGCCGGCGGCUUGUCCUUUUCCUCUCCAUCGCUGGAUUGACGCUCAUGGUCACAUGGAAUAUCUUCAUUCUUUGGUUCUCUGACAUCUUUUCGAUUUGGCUCAUGAUACCCGGCUACAUUCUGCUGUUCAUCGGAGGCGGAGCUACCAUGGUUGCUGCCAUGGUUUGGACCAUUGUGACGGAUGUCACACGUGAAGAAGAACGAUCCAGCGUCUUCUAUCAAUUGGUUGCUCUCACCCUUAUCAUCAGCGCCUCGACCAAUCCCCUCACCGCGUGGCUUAUGAACUACAGCCCCUGGUUGCCGACAUUCUUGGGUACCGGCUUGCUGUACGUGGCUUGCUUCUUCGUGCUUUUAAUGCCUGAGACCCGUCUGGUUGGCUUGGCCCUCAAGGACGUACCCGACAGCCCGGAUGGCGAGGUGAGCACCGACGAGGAUAGUGGCCCUGGCGUCAAGGCCGACAGCAUGCUCUCGGCCGCCUGGCACAAGUUCACCAAAUACCUCGCUGAGCUCUGGCAAUUUGUUAUUGCAGACAAGAAAAUCAUGGCUUUGUGCGUUUGCGAGGCGGUUUCAACUCCCAUCGCCACAUCGAUGGUUCUUUUUGCCCUGCAGUACAUUGCUGUUCCCCUAGGAAGCUGGUCGAAAGCACUGACAUUGUUGACCAUCUCCAAGGUGACAUCUGUUAUCCUUCUUCUUGGCAUUCUCCCGCUGUCUACCCACGUGAUUCUCAAAUAUUCCAGCAUUAACCGGAUGAAGCUGGACGUCUACUUGGCGCGUACCUCGGCCGUCUUGCUCACACUGGCAAUGUUCGCCAUGGGUCUCGCAGAUACCGAGUGGGAGCUCAUUUGUGCGCUCAUCAUUUAUGGGCUAAGUCAGGGGUUUUCCGCGCAGAUGAGAGUACUGAUAACCGCCAUGGUGGAACCGCAUAUGGUUGCGACUGUAAACACCACAAUGUCCACUCUUCAAUCCGUGAUGGUGAUAAUAACAACACCUCUGAUCGGGUGGUUGUUGGGUAGGGGAAUGGAGAUCGGCGGAGUGUGGACGGGACUGGCAUACAUCGUGCUGGCUGCGAUGGGGUGUUUGGUUUCCAUCAUAUUGUGUUUGCUUAGACUUUGA